AUGUGUGGGAGGGCUCUCGGCGGGCACAUGAGGGCCCACGGGAUUGGCGACGAGAGCGGAAAUAUCGACGACGAAGACCCCGUUAGUGAUUGGGAGGAGAAUAAGUUCGCAGGCGGCGUUGAUAGGUGUAGCAACAAGAGAAUGUACCAACUCAGGACGAACCCUAAUCGACUAAAGAGUUGUCGGGCGUGCAAGAACUGCGGAAAGGAGUUCUUGUCUUGGAAAUCUUUUCUCGAGCAUGGCAAGUGCAACUCGGACGAUGCCUCCGAGUCCUUCGUCUCCUCCCACGAUUCUGGCUCUGCUGACGAAGACGGAGUUGAAGACGACACUGGCGGAGCGCGUAGCCAGUGGUCCAAGCGUAAGAGAUCCAUGCGCUCGAAAGUCGGGUGUUUUAGUGCCACAAGCUACCCACCGAGCGAAGAAGAUGACAUCGUGCUUGCUAGAUGUUUAGUGCAGCUAGCUAAUACGGUCGUCGAUCAAAUGCCAGUUGCCGACCCAGAGGAAUCGUGCGCCUCCGUCAUCCGUGAGGCUCCGCGAAACGGUAAUUACACGUACUUUGCUCCGCCAAACAGCACGAUUGGGCUUUUCGAUCGAAACAAAGGGAAGGGAAUUGUUUCGACUACCCUCAAGGGGAUGUUCGAGUGCAAGGCAUGCAAGAAAGUGUUCAACUCCCACCAAGCGUUGGGAGGCCAUAGGGCAAGCCACAAGAAGGUCAAGGGUUGCUACGCGACCAAGCAAGACCAAAUACCACAACAACAUGAAAACAACGACACUCCAUCAAUAGAUGAUGGCGUGAUGAUCACGAACAAUGAGGAAACGAAAUUGUCGUUCGGUCAAUCCAAUUCGCAGUUCGAACAAGGACCCGACCCGUUGGUGGGGUCCGCAAGGAGAAAAUCGAAGGUCCACGAGUGCUCCAUCUGCCACAGGGUGUUUGGCUCGGGCCAAGCCCUCGGAGGACACAAGAGAUGCCAUUGGAUCACUUCGAAUUCUCCGGAAACUUCCUCUUUACCUAAGUUCCACUUCCAAGACAACACCACCACCAUCAACAACAACAUCAUCCUCGACCAAACCAACAUUAAUCACAAUCGUCAACCUAAUCCAACAGUCAAUAUACCCGACAAGCUUGACCUCAAUGUCCCCGCAUGGGCCCACGUGACGGGCCCAUUAAGCUUCCACGUGUCCACGGACAUGCAACUGCAGCCAUGGAUUGGGCCCGACUCAAAAAACAUCGACUCGGGCCCACAGUGUCAACCUCAAGGGUUCCAACUAAAGAAUGAAAACGCCGAUAAUAACAACAACAACAAUAAUGUCAAUGGCGACAUUAUCGGGAGCAACAUUGUCAACGGGACAGUUGAUACGAAAAGUGGGACCACGCGAUUCGUCGAGGACGAGGCUGAUAGCAAGUUGAUCAAGUUAGCCAAAUUGAGUGACUUGAAGGAGAUGGACAAUAGCGGCAAUUCAUCUCAAUGGUUACAAGUGGGAGUAGGAUCCACGGCUGAAGCAGCUGCAAAUGUAUAA